AUGGCGCUGCUUGCACCGGCUCGCGCCGAGACCUAUGCGCCUUGCUCGCCCACGGUCUCCACUGCCUUUGUUCUAUAUCUCUCGGGCGAUGCGAGCACCUCCACCUCCUCGAUCGUUUACGCAUCCGGCUCCAUCCAGGCCGUCAACUACGAGUACUCCUGGAGCACGUCCGUCACCCCUCUCGUCUCAAAGAUCCUGGACAUUUACAUCUGGUCGAGCGACCCGACCGAGACCUCCCCCAUUCGUGUCUCGCAUCAUCCGUUCGAGCCCAGCUCGUUCAUCAACUCGGGGAUCACCUCCCCCAGCGAGGGAACUGUCGCCGUCAAUAUUCCUCAGCCGCCCACCACCGGCGGCCCGCUCUACUUCCAUGUCGCCCUUCAGACCUCGGACGGCCAGACCUGCUACGUGGCGUCGGCUGAAUCCUUCACCAUCGCAUCGUCCCAGCAAGCCUGCACAAACGGCUACUACACGUGCUCCAACUCGCAGCAGUAUCUCCAGUGCAUGAACAAUGCCUGGGUCGGUGCCAUCACCUGUCCGAGCUCGACAUACUGCAAUGUGGCUGCUGGCGUGACAUCCACCUAUCCUUGCAUCAGCACCGGCCAAGGCGGCAUCACCCCCAACCCUGCUCCUGGAACCCUGUGCUCCUCGCUUGGAUCGUACUACUGCGUCGGCGGCAGCGAGUACUUUUACUGCUCAGCCACCACCUCGGUCUCCACUCCGAUCGUGACGGGUCCGUUCACCUGCUUGGCCUCGACCUCUUGCACUCCGGGAUACUCGUGGACUCCUCCGUGCGCUUCGCAGCAGGGCAGCACCACCCCGGUCACGACCUCGACAUGCUCGCCCAACGAGUAUCUCUGCUUGACCAACAAAAUCGUCCAGUCGUGCGGUGCCUAUGGACAGUGGAACACUCCCGUAUCGUGCUCGAGCUCGGCUUGGUGCGGCACCACCGUGCCAGCCGGAUACCAGUCAUGCGUUCCUUCUGGAGGCAUCGUCGUGUCUGGAUAUGGAUCCAGCGUCUGCAACACCAACCAGUUCCUGUGCGGACCUGCCGGGGCCGACGGGCUCUCGCACACUUUCUACCAGUGUGCUCAAAACAACGCUGGAUGGUCAUUCAUGACCCAGAGCCAGAGCUGUGCUGCCGGAACCUAUUGCCCAACACCACUGACUGUGGUCUCCAACACCAACAACCCAUGCCAGGCCACGCCCUGAUCGUGCAAUCCGCCUCGCUGUCUGCCUCGCUGUCUGCUUCCAUGCGCACUUGCUCACGCCCAUCCAUCUUUCAUCCUGACCUGGCCUGGACCUGACACCGACAUUGUAUGAAUCUGGCGCGAACCCAACCUGGAUCUGGCACAAUCUGAUGCAGACAUAGCAUCGGAUCUGCUUGGUACCCGCCAUUCCUUCCUGAUCACCAAUCUUCUCUGACCAUUCAGUUUUCUUGAGCAUGUCGUUUGCUUGGCCAUCCGCGCAGCUGACCCUGGCUGGUCCUGACUGGCCCUGGCUGGCUCGGCAUGUUUUGCACCCAUUUUGAUCCGAGACCUGGCACUCUUUCAAUACAAC